AUGGUGAGUCGGCGUCACAAUUCCACGCAUGUGAUUUUACCAAAACGGAUGGCCACUCUUGUGCCACGCAAUCGUUUGAUGAGCGAGGACGAAUGGCGCGCUUUGGGCGUACAACAAAGUGUCGGAUGGGUGCACUACAUGAUCCAUCGUCCAGAGCCCCACAUACUUCUCUUCCGUCGUCCGUUGAAGUGUAAUCAGCAAAAAGACAAUGCGAAUGAUGGUCCCUAA